AUGACCCAAAGUACAAAGGAUAAGGACACAUCUAAGACAGGCUAUGUACAGUCUUUGCUCUCACCACCAGGAGUACACCCUUCUGCAGGUAGUUCUAGAAAGAAGUCAGUUCCGGAUACAAGCAACAAACCAAGUCGAAUGCGUAAAUGCAGCUUGAUAAGAGAAGAAUCAUCAGAGACUUCGAUUUGUAAAGAAGAGUUUAUGGAAGUAGAGGUUGAACCCAGGCCAGUGAAGUCAAUGGAAAAUCUGCUUGAUAUAAUUGAUGAACCUACAUCUUCUACGCCUAUUUUGAAGGUAACUUCACCAAGUCAUGAUCAGCCUAAAAGAACUUUGAAAUCUGUAUGUAGUUCACCUCAGUUACUAAAUCAGAUAUUUGAAGAAAAUGAAUCUGAUGAUGAAGAUGAUAUUGUACCCUCAAAAUUUCCUACAAAUGCCAUGUUUGUCAAACACAGUGGUAUUGCUUCACCUGAAAUACUACGAAAAUAUGAACAAAGAACAAAAAGACGAGGAGCUGGUCAACGUGGUACAAGCUGCAGCAGCUCAGAUGCUAGUGACAAUGAUGAAGCUGAAGGCAGAUCAAGGAAAGAUAAACUAAAGCAUAAGUUUGCUCACAGAAGAGACAGUAGUGAUCAUUCUAGUGAUACUGAUGGGCCUAGUGGACAUGGUGGUAACUAUGGCAGUGGUGCCAGAUUUAAUGGUGGAGGAGGUAGUAGUGGUGGAGGAGGUUCUGGACCUCCUAAUUCUCAGGAUAAAGAUGAUAGAAAUUCAAAUCGAAAGGAUAAUAGUGGUGGGAAAUCUAAAGGACAUAGACAAAAUCAUAUCGGACAUAAUCUUGAUGUCAAUAUGAAAGUGCUGACUAAUAGACUAAGUCAAAUUAGUGCUAAAUCAGUGUCGACUCAUAAUGGAAAUUGUAGUCACAGUCCUCAGAAUUUAAAUAGUCAAAAUACAGUCAGUCAAAGUUCUUUCACAUCUUUAGCCAGUCAUUAUAUUGGACAUACUGAUACAGAGUCAAUGAUGGAGAUACAGUCAAGAGCUUUUAGUGAUAUUGGACAAGAGUAUGAACCAGUAGAGAAGAAGUCUCUAUGUACUGAUGACUGUCAAUUGAAUGGUAGUUUAAAAUCUACUAAUAAAAUACUAACUGAUAUUAACAGUAAUGGUAUACAACCAACAUAUUGUAAACCAGACUUAUCACAGUGUAUUGUAGUACCUAGUGUAGAAUCUAAAUGUUGCUCUGUCGUCUAACUUUCUGUCGUUUUAUUUUAUGCUCAAUUCUUUCCUUGCUCUUUAUUAUUUCUCAUUCAUGUUUCAAGACUUAUCAGUUUCAGUGCCCAUUUUAUUCAUCUUGCUUAUAAAUUUGUGAUAAUCUUUUUAAUAACUUCAUAACACUAAUUACGGAAUGUAAUGACACUAUCAAAAAAUUUUAUCAUUUCAAAAUCAUGCUUUUAAUUUUCCAAACAUUUCAUUAUUUUUAUUGUAUAAUAGUCUUUUAACUUUCAUUUAAAUCAUCAGGAUUUUUUUUACAUUUCCAUAUGAUUUAUACACAUAGGUUCAUGCAUGCUAUUCAGAUAAGCGACUAUACAGAUUGUUGCACUCUUCCAUAUUUGAAUGAAGCUUAAGCUUUUAUAUUUUGGCGCCAUUGAAAAUAUUACUUUCUGAAAACUAGUCAAUCUGUUAUGAAGCUCAUGUUGGAUGAAAACUUUCAGUAAGAGUUUAAUGUGAACUGUAGAUGUGUGUAAUGGAUAUUUUUAUCAAUGUUGACGAAAUAACUGCUGGGUUUGAGAAUAUAUUGUUAAAUUAAAAAGGCAAUUUUUAUAAAAUAUUUGUACCAUUUCGAUUUCCUGAAGUCUCCAAGAAUCUUAAACAGAUAAUACCUCACCAUUACAAGUACCAGGCAAGUCAAAUGGUCUUUAUGAAGUCUAAAUCUGGUUACAUUCAUUCUUUAUUACUGUAACCACAAAUAUCUUCUGGGAAAUCCAAAUGGUGCCAGUAGAAAGUUGUAAGUGUUCCCUAUUAUUCAAAGGUAAAAAUCCUCUUUUAGGUCCCUGUAAUAUUUUCAGUUCAGGCCUUUGUUUCUCAAAAAUUAUCCAAUAGUGAGGAACUUUACUAAAUAAAAAUUAAUCUGCAGAAACAGGGUCAGCCAUCUUUAAGAUGGGAUCUUAUGAAUAGUUGCUGAAUUGGAGAGAAAUACAUGGUAUUAAACCUGU